UGCAUAGAAACAGUUUGAUCGUUUUCUUCAUUCUUCUUCUCUGCUAUGGAACAGACUGUCAAGUAUUUCCUUGUUCCCUUUGUGCCUGGUGGAGUUUCUGUGUUAACGGAAGUGCUUCAGCUGUAUGAGGUAUUGCUGGAAGGAUUUACAGAGAGUUUCUGCAGAGGGAGCAGAUCACCAGGGUUUCUUUCAGGAACUUCUGCUCGAGUGAAUGACACUCCAAAUGUAAUUGUUGAGAUCUGCAAAUGUUGUUGUUCUAUGAAGAGAAGAACUGACGAGUCUGGUCUCCUGUAGAUGAAAGAGCUGACGCUGAACAAACAUGGGAGUUAUUCCACAUGGAGUAGACUGUGCUGCUGUUUUCACAGUGAAAUCUGUCCUACUCACUGCCUUUGAAACAUGUAGAAACUGAGGCAGACAGACAAAUGAUUGGAUUAAUUAGGAAACCAAACUGCGGAUGUGACAUAUUUAACCAUGGAAUUUGAGUAUUUUAACUUUCUAAUAGCAAUGGGUCAAGAAGCUGGCAAACCUGCCUGGCCCAGACCAGCAGGAGGAUAUCAGACUAUUACAGGUAGAAGAUACGGAAGAAGACAUGCCUAUAUCGGUUUUAGACCGUCUUUGACUAACCAAGACAGAGACGAACAUCAACAUAAUGAAGACUGCGAACGAUUAGAAUUGGAGGAUGCUCAGAAAGAGAAUUCUUUAUGUUCCAGUCCAUUGAUUCCAGCUUCUUCUGGUUUAUUAGAUGAGCCUUUGUUAGAAAAUACUGGAACUGAAGAACCCAUUGGCCAAAAUGUAUCAAGCGAAACGUUUGAAGCAAACACAUCACCAUUGUCUCCAUUCUCUUAUGGUCUGGAAGACAACCAAAUCUCCAGAAACUUUAUGAAUCCGUCAGAAAAUUCUGAGGACCUUGCAGGAUACGCAUCUGGAGGGCAUAAUGAUUUGAAUGGUGAGAACGGAAUUGCUUUUGUAAACAUUGACUCUUAUGAGCCAGAUAGCAGUGGUGGAGAGGAAGAAGUUCAAGACAAAUUUUCUUUGUCAGGAGAAGAAGCAAGUGUAUUUCAGGAAGCGCUAGAUAACAUAUUUUCUGAGUUAGAAAAAGGUGUAGAGUCUUUUACUGACUUACAGGCCCGAUUGUCUGCUCUCAGCCACAGUGUUUCCAGAGAAUGUUAUGAAGAAGCAGGACCAAUGCCUUUAAUGAGAUAUUUUGGCAUAGAUUCAGACUUAGCAUGUCCAAACAACAGGACAUUUAAGUCUUCUGCUGAAGAUCAAGCUGUACUGAAAAGUAACCCAAAUGGUGCCACUUAUGAAACACAGCAGAUGAAAGAUAUAGUGGAUGUUGGAAUUGGAACCCCUAUAGCAACUGCUAAUGAAUUAAAUGUCAAUGGUGGAAAUACUGACCAAGGAAGUUCACCGGAGCUAGUAGUGAGACCUAAAAUAAGAAAACAAAAUACUGCAAACCAGUUGGAGGGAGAGAUGCUUCUCCCUAAUGAUGAUGAAAAAGAAAGUUCCUGGAACAGAAAUGGUAUUGCUGAAGUCCAGCAAGGCCGUGCUGAGUGUGCCUUGAGAAACAACAAAGAAGAGAUGAGUUCUACUAUGUUCUUCAACUCAAGAGAGUAUGAAGGUCAUCAAAGGAACACAGAAGCAGACCUAAAGAAAAAUGCAACAGCUCAAGAAGAGAAAAAUGUUCCAGAUGAUAGCACUUUUUGGGAUGACUUUGAAGACUGCAGCAGACACUUCUCAAUGUCCCACAAAGAUGAAGACAGCUCAGAAUGCAGUGAUGGAGAAUGGUCUACAGCUGUGCCUACCUAUUUUGCUGCUACAGAAAAAGAUCAGACCUCAAGUGAUGAGAGCUGGGAGACUGUCCCAGCCAGGGAGGAAUGUGAAGUACUGAGCAGCAGCAGUGGUGUAGAAGAGGAGAACACAGACUUGCGUUUCCAAGGAGGGGAACAGACAUUACUGGAGGAAGGAGAGAUUCCUUGGUUACAGUACCACGAAGAAGUAGAAAGUAGCACCGAUGAAGAAAAUGAUCCAAUUGGUGAUUUUGUGCAUCCUGGGUUCUUCCUGUUGGAUGGAAAUAACAACCUUGAGGAUGACUCCAGUGUGAGCGAAGACCUGGAUGUGGAGUGGAGAUUACUUGAUGAGUUUGGUGAUGGCCUAGGACUUGCUCAAGCUAUUCCUUAUGUGGAUCCUCAGUUUGUCACAUUUAUGGCACUAGAGGGACGCUUACAACAAGCUAUGGAGGCUGCUCUGGCACAAUUGGAGGCUCUUGGAUUUGAUGUUGAACAGGCUCAUCCACCAGCUACUACAGAAACCAUAGCUAGUCUGCCACAGAUUAUCAUCACAGAUGACCACGAUGGUCAAGAGCAGUGUUGUACUAUCUGUUGCAGUGAAUACGUGAAAGAUGAAAUCAUAACAGAACUACCCUGUCAUCAUUUGUUUCACAAACCCUGUAUAACUCUAUGGUUACAGAAAUCGGGAACAUGCCCAGUUUGCCGUCAUGUGCUUGAACCUCUGCUUCCUGAAACAGCUGCUGCCCCUGUUUCCUUUCUAUCUGAUUAUGAUUCCUCAUCUUCUGUUCACAAUGCUACAGAAGCUUCAAACUAGGGUCUGAAAUUAAAUCUUUGCCACCAAAAUAAAAAUGUAAAUUUUGCCUGUUUAAUUACAAUGAAAACAAUUAUGUAGAAAAUAUUAUAUGUAAAAGACUAUCUAUAUUCUAUAUUUUAGUUUAGAAAGAGGGUGCAAGACUUUCUAAACUCUUUAGGUUUGCAAUAAUAGUUUAAAUUUUCAAACUGUAAUUGGAAGAAUGUGCAGCUUUUUUUUUCUUAGCAGAAUGUUGCUAGUAAUGUCUAAAGCUUAUGUUAAAUUUUUCCAAAAAGAUAAUUAAUGUAGCACUUUGUUUAAGUUCUUGCAGCUGCAGUGCAGUUGCAGCUUACUAAACUUAUGCUUAUAUCCUGUUCUACAUAAUAUAACAACUAUUUGAUUUUUGUCUAAGUUAGUGCCACUGAGUGACUUUGUAAUUGAUCUCUCAUAUUUGCAUCAAAUGUGAAGAUGUUCUGUGAUGCCAGCAGUGGUAGAAUUUGAUUUCACCGGAAACAAAUUGCAUAAUGAAACAAUAUUUCUUACUAGUUUAUUCCAUAAUAAAGCCUUUUCCUAAGUCAGAAGUGCUAUUAAAUUGCUGCUG